AGUGGCGGGAAGGUACCGAAAACUCCAUCGAAAUCGGCCGCGAAAUUGAGACCUUUAAUCGCAAAUGUCCUUCAUUGAUGAAUUUCAAGCCAAUCUGGAAUCACUACCAAAUAUUCUACAAAAGAAGUAUGCAUUGAUCCGUGAUCUGGACAAAAGUUUGCAAGAAAUUGUGAGACAAAAUGAACAACAUUGUGAACAAGAAAUAGAGGAUAUCAAGAAUGCACUUGAUGAGCAAAAACAUAGCAUCAGGAUUGCAGAUGAAAAAGUUGCCUUGGCUGUUCAAGCUUAUGAUUUGGUAGAUACACACAUACAACAGCUUGAUCAAUAUUUGAAAAGAUUUGAUGAAGAACUCCGGCGUGAAAGAGAGAAUGCUGCUGCUGCUGCUGUUUUGCCUGCUACAAGUCUUGAUGGCAGUGCAAAAUCUGGAAGAAGUAGUGAAGGUGGAAGAGGAAGGCAUAAAAAAACACGGCUGGCAACAGCAACGGCAGCAGUGGCAGCAGCAACAGAAGUAGCAGCAGCUGCUGCUGCUGCUGCUAAUUCAACUGGCAUGGAGCUAGAUUUACCAGUGGAUCCAAAUGAGCCCACAUACUGUUUCUGCAACCAAGUCAGCUUUGGUGAGAUGGUGGCAUGCGAUAACCCUGAUUGCAAGAUAGAAUGGUUUCAUUUUGGAUGUGUUGGUCUUAAAGAACAACCUAAAGGAAAAUGGUAUUGUUCAGACUGUGCUGCUGCAAAAAAUCGCCGCAAAAGCAGAUGAUGCUGAAUUUUAUUUGUAUACAACCUUGAUGUGGAAGUUUAUAUUUUGCAAUGACUGGUAUGUUGUCAACUUUUAUCAUAUCUUUGUGUGUUAUUUCAUGUUUCAGGAACUUCUGUGGGUAUAUUUAAGAUCUGUUAGUGUUUCAAUUGUAUACUUGUAUGACUUUAUUUAAAAGAAUUUUGCAGGAAUAUUAGGAGACUCCUUCAAUAAGUAAAAUUAUAUUUC